CCUAACGGAUAGUGGAGAUUCUUUGGUUAAGUUGUAGCGCCGCUUACGGCAGCGGCACCAACCGCGAUGGAUAAGAUGGACGAAAAUGGCAUGUGAGGUGUUGUUAAAUUUUAGUGAAAUGUUUGGUUACACCAGCCACCUAGGAUGGGAGGCUGCAUAGGCAUUACGAGGGCCAGAAACGCCUCUGUGGACGAUAUGUCCGCAAACUCCACGAGGACAAAUUCUGGAAAUUCAAGAAAAAAUCAUCCAUUGUGUCACGAAGUGAUUAGAUGGAAGUCAGAUGUACCUUUGACUGUGGGACAACUUAGAAGUAAGAGAGAUGAAUUUUGGGAUACUGCUCCAGCAUUUGAUGGACGUAAUGAAAUAUGGGAUGCAUUGAGGGCUGUAGCAACGGCUGCAGAGGCUCAGGAUUAUCAACUGGCUCAAGCCAUUCUGGAUGGUGCCAAUAUCUCUGUGCCCAAUGGUUCUCUAACAGAAUGUUAUGAUGAGUUGGGAAUGCGAUACGAUGUCCCAAUUUAUUGUCUGUCAUACCCUAUUAAUAUUGUUAAAGAAGACAGUGGUAGAGAUUCACCAGCCGAUUGCUCAGAACCUGUUGAUGGAGGAACCGAGAUAACACUUAAGCUCAGAUUAUCAACAACCUUAGGAGAUGUCAAAUUGCCCGUUUACAGCAAAGACACUAUUGGAACUGCUAAGAAAAAACUGCAGAGUCAAGAGGGUCUAGAACCAUCGCGACAGAGGUGGUUUUUCGGUGGAAAAUUGCUCGAAGAUAAAAUGCACAUAGAAGAGGCGAAAAUCCAACCUGGCUACGUAAUACAAGUCAUUGUGAAUCCAGAGAAAAUAGAGGAUAGCCCGGUAAAGACAAGUUGAAUAAAAAAAAGGUGCAAUUUCAGUGGCGCUGGACAUCACAUAAAACGAAUAAUACAUAACAAUAGGCACGUUCCUACGCUGUUAAUAAUGGUGAUUGAUUCUUAAUUACUCGUUGCCGUUAGAACCAUUCAAUCAAUAACACAAUCGAGUAACCACUCACUUUAAUUUCAAUCUAUGCGAAGAACGCUUGAUUGACAUUUAAAUCCCACGAAUCAGAAGUUAAUUACAGUCAUCAAGAUAAGAGAAGAAACAAGAUUUUUUCCGUCUCUCCACCAGUUUACAUCCAUGGUAAUGUGCUUUCUCAUAUUGAAAACUAAUGUGGCCCCACAGGCUACGUCCAGAAAAACGAUGGCGAUAAUAUGUACAAUACGCUCGACUGAACUGUACCUCAACGUAUUGCAUGUACAGUGGAUGAGUGUAAGAGCAUGAAUCAUUCAAUCGAAGAAUUUCAUCUGGUGUUUGGAUCUUGAUGCAGUAAGAAUGUUAUGCGCGCGCUAUUCGACUCAUAUCAAAAGUACAGCGCCUAAGUCUUGGCUGGCGGUUACCUAACAAAAAAGAAGAACCUGAUCGAAGUGACAGUCAGAUCAAUUAAUCUAUGAGUGACACGCUCUGGAUGCAUCCGCAAGGCCUCCGAUUCCUUCCUAAUAAGUGUUAAGACAUACAUAACGCAUAGGGUUUCUUAAACUGAUUCAAGAGUGAGACUCGAGGACUGGCGCAACUCAAUCAUACUCUUUAUACACAAGGCGGCAUGUGGUUGCAAUUUUGUAAUUUUACUUCUUCGACCUGCCGUAGCUCAUAAAAUUGCAGAGUUCACCUGUAAAAGUAAUAGUCAGUCUUGCGAAUAUGUCAAAGGAGCAAGGAGCGUCAGUCACACUCCGAACAUGAUGCAAUUCUUGACCGCGAUCUUUUCUCCACAUGCUGCGUAAAGUACCUAAACCUGUAAUAAUUAAGAGCGUAAAGUAUACGUAUGUGCUAUGCGUUUGAAUUCUUCUAUCGACAUUAACGUAACGGUUACGUAGCAUAUUUCUUUUAUACAUUUAAUUAUUCGAUUAUAUACAUAUAUAUAUGUUUGUAUAUACAAAAAUAUAUAUAUGUGCGUGUAUAUAUGGCUAUAUAGUAUAUGUAUACAUAAUCAUACAGGAUGCAACAUAACUCAGGAAUAUCCUUAAGAGGUCAUGCACUGGAGGAGUCGUUCCCGUUGACAAUUCCUCGUGGAAUUUUAAUCUCUUGAGGAUAUCCUGAUGCUGUGACAAUCUCUGUAUAUAUUUGUUCCAUUUAGCGACAAACUGAGCUACGAGAUGAUAAUUUAAACUUGCGCGUAUCUUAUUUAUGAGUUAUUAAUUAACAAGUUGCUGACUGUAUUAUAAAUGCGUUUCUUUAUUAUUAAAGAAACCGAAAACGAAUGCGCAUAACGCUCAGUUUCUGUGGAAUAGGAAACUUUAUAAUAUAUUGUGCGUGUAUAUAUAUUCAAUAUUCUAUGCAUUUUUUUUUUGUUUUUAAAUAUACUACAUUCGCGAUAGAAAUAACGUUGGCACUUGCGUCUAUGGCGUAACAGUCUUCGCCUUUGAUGCUGCAUGAACAUUACGAAUUGCGUGAAUCGCAAGAUUUGAAACAACCUCUACUCGAGGACUUACGCCUUGAUGAAAUAAUAUGUCGACUGUAC